AUGUAUAUUUAGCUAAUAAAUCGAAUUGAUACCAUGCAACACGUGCUGAACGUAACAGCAUUCAAUUAUUAUUACCAGUGGCUACACCAGGUUUACGAAUGGCGCACGUGUGUUUGGUUUUGAUUUGCGCAGGCGCGUUCCUAGUUCUCGUCUUGAGCGACCCAGCACCACCCCGGAAAAUGGUGGGAAAAGAGUUGGAGGAGUUACAAGAGAAACCAAUAGUUGUGAGAAGAGUUCUUCAUGCACAUUUGUAUCCAUUCAGUUUAUGGCCUCUUCCAAAAUUUUCAAAUCAAGGUGUCAAGCUUUUAGAGGCAAAUCCGGAUGUGAAGCGCUUGUACGAUGAUCUCCUUAGCAACUACAAUAGGCUGAUACGCCCAGUUACCAAUGUGUCUGAUAUUCUCACUGUCCGUCUUGGCUUGAAGCUAUCGCAGCUCAUGGAAGUUAAUCUGAAGAAUCAAGUUAUGACCACUAACUUGUGGGUUGAACAGAAAUGGUUUGACUACAAACUGCAAUGGAACCCUGACGACUAUGGUGGUGUUGAAAUGUUAUACGUACCGUCGGAACACAUCUGGCUGCCUGACAUUGUACUGUACAACAACUGGGAUGGUAAUUAUGAGGUAACAUUGAUGACGAAGGCUACUCUGAAGUAUACGGGAGAAGUAAACUGGAAGCCUCCGGCGAUUUACAAGUCGUCCUGUGAAAUCAACGUGGAAUACUUUCCUUUCGACGAACAAACAUGCUUUAUGAAGUUUGGCUCGUGGACUUACAAUGGAGCUCAGGUAGAUCUCAAACACAUGGAUCAGUCUCCCGGCAGUAGUCUUGUACACGUGGGGAUUGACCUUAGUGAGUUCUACUUGUCGGUAGAAUGGGAUAUUUUAGAAGUACCCGCAACAAGAAAUGAGGAGUACUACCCUUGUUGUCCGGAACCUUUUUCUGACAUAACGUUCAAGUUAACGAUGCGCAGAAAGACCUUAUUCUACACAGUCAACUUGAUCAUUCCGUGUGUCGGUCUCACCUUCCUUACCGUUCUAGUAUUUUAUCUCCCAUCCGAUUCCGGAGAAAAGAUCUCGCUCUGCAUCUCCAUCCUGGUGUCCCUCACAGUGUUCUUCCUCGGUCUGGCCGAGAUCAUCCCGCCUACAUCCCUGGCGAUACCCUUGCUCGGGAAGUAUCUACUAUUCACUAUGAUACUGGUGUCCCUCAGCGUCUGGGUCACUGUGUGCAUUGUUAACGUCCACUUCAGGUCACCUUCAACCCACACUAUGUCACCGUGGAUGAGGAAGGUGUUUCUACAGUUCAUGCCGAAGCUUUUGAUGAUGAGGAGGACCAAGUACUCUUUGCCUGAGUAUGAUGACACCUUCAUCUCCAACGGAUACACCAACGAGCUUGAUAUGAGUCGUGAUAGUCUGACGGAUGGGUUCUCCACCGGUAAGGGCGAUGAUGGUGAUUAUUGCAAGUCACCAGGACCUGAAGACGACAUGCUUGGGGCUGGUGCUCAGAGGCCUUCCGUGACAGAAUCAGAGAACAUGCUUCCCCGUCACUUGUCACCGGAAGUGGCUGCCGCACUGCAAAGUGUGAGAUUCAUCGCACAGCACAUCAAAGAUGCAGACAAAGAUAACGAGGUGGUCGAAGACUGGAAGUUCAUGUCAAUGGUGCUCGACCGGUUCUUCCUGUGGCUAUUCACGAUUGCAUGCUUCGUGGGGACCUUCGGCAUCAUCUUCCAGUCACCUUCCCUGUACGACACCAGAGUACCAGUAGACCAGGAGCUCUCUUCCAUCCCAAUGAGGAAGAACAACUUCUAUUAUCCCAAAGAUAUUGAAACAAUUGGUAUUGUUGAAGCUUAAGAAUAUAAUUAAAUAUUAAGUUUUAUAAUGAUAGUAUUGCGACUACACAGUUCGUGGAAGAUGAAGAGUGGAACCAGAAAUUAUACAAGGCGUUCUAUAAGUACAUAUAUGUUGAAUGGGUUGGAUAACUUGUAAUAAUAAUUAACAAUUGCCCCACUUUCAUAGACAUUACUCAUCCCAAGAUUAGGCAGAGCCUGUAUGGGUGCCAGACAACAAUAACUAUUCAAAUAAAACGGAGUUAUGAGAAAUAAAUAAUAUUUAUUAUUAUAGUAAUGUUCUGCUUAAAAGUACAUGACUUAAAAAGAUGUUGUUUAUUGAAUAUGACUUUAAAAUCAUAGUCAGCAGGCGAUCUAAGCUUGUCCCAUUUUUGAAAUAUAUUGUUUUAACCCUCGACGUAUUCUAAAUUAUUUAUGUAGCAGCAAAUCAGCAGGGGUCAGUCACAGGUACUAAUCUUUAUAAUAUAAAGAGGAAGAAAAUCAUUUUGAAAUAGAAAAGCCUAGCAAGCCAGUGGAAGCUGUAACUUCCUCGCAUUAUGUGGUCGUGUGGUAUUCUACAAUUUUGUGGAAUCAAAUACCGGCUGCAUAUUCCCGAUAAGACUUAGACGAUACGACUUAGGGACCUUGAAGCUUAGAGCAUACUCACAACUUAAAGAUGCAUCUCUGGAGCCCUAGUGUUACGGAUAUACAUGCACUGUUAACUUACUAUGUAAGCCUCUUGCCCCCGCAUAAAAAAUUCAAUCUAUUUGAUUAUUCACCCAUAGCUGUAGGUAGAUAUUAUAAUGGUCUUUCACUUGGCACAGUUCUAGAAUAAUUCCUUAGAUUAUUUCUUUCUCUUGCAUCCACACUGUUAUAUUUAAAGUUCACUAGAUAUAGUACAAAGUCAUUUAUUUUUCAAAAGAUUUUUUUUUAUAGAAAAAAUAUUUUUGUCAGUGAAUGUCAAUUAAAUCACUAUCACACAUUUUUUAAAUAAAAAUAGUUUUUAAAAAAAAAGAACAUACCGAUGAAUUGAGAAUUUCCUCCUUUUUUGAAGUCGGUAAAAAAACUUAAAAAACACACUUUGGUAGAAAAUAUAAUGGUUGAAAUUUAAAAUGUAUAUCAAUCCAAAAAAUGGAAUGAUUUUAUCAAAUUCA